CUCACACAAACACAGAGACACACACAGGAGGCGGUUCUCUCCAGUCCCUCUCCAUCAGAAACAACUGACAGCCAAGCAGGCUAGUUGCAUCCUCUGGUAGCUAUAGCAGCAGCGCAGGCAGCUACUAGCCUCCUCUACUGUCUGCUGCAUCUGUCAGCUGGCUGCCCGGUACGUGGAGCCUUUUGUGUCUCCCGAGAGUCCCAAAUCCCAUUGUGCUCUCUAUUGCGGAGGCUAAAGGAAACAACCAACAGUCACAUCAAUGGACAUGAUGGGGAAGAAAGAACGCAGGGGCUGGGACUUCAAAGGCUUGCUGAAGAGGAACUGGCUGCUUAUUGCGACCAUUGUGUCGGUGGUGUUAGGUAAGUGAAAGCGAAGCCCCCAUAUUGUCUGCGCUCUGCUUGGCGUGAAGAAGCCUUGCUUGAUGUCACACUUCCGCGAGGCUGCCCGUCUGUCUCCCCUCACUCCUUGCUCUGUCGGUGGUGGUGCAUCCUACCCAUUUCCACUUCCCUAUCUCCUUUUUUUCUGCAAUUUUUUUUUUAUCCUAUUUUGCCACAUUUGUGAUUGCUUUCUCUCCUGAUGUAUUCCCCUGCUGCAGUCCAGCAGCCUCUCUUGGUCACAUAAGGAUGCGUAGGGCUGGGGUCUGGUUGAUGAGAAUAGCAAUGUGCAUGCAUGUGUGUGUUGUGUGCAUAAUGACGCCUUGUGCAUGCUGCAUACCAACCUGGUCUCAGAGCAUUUCGUAUUAUUCUGUACGUAAAUCCGAGGCUCUCCAUUUAGUAUGAUAUGUUGCGUUUUGUAUGUAUUAAUUUGUGGAUGUCCAUCACCCAUGUUGUAUGAUAUGUUACGAAUUUUAAAUCGUAUUAUAUGUUACGAAUUUACUAAAUGUAGAAUAUGUUACGAAUUUCCAAAAUGUUUAAUAUGUUACGAAUUUCCAAAACGUACAAUAUGUUAAGAUUUUGCAAAACAUAUGAAUAGUUUACGAAUUCUGGCUAGGUGGCUAACAUUAGCUAGGCUAGGGAUUAAGGUUAGGGUUAAGUUGUGUGGUCCUCUGUAGCUCAACUGGUAGAGCACGGCGCUUGUAACGCCAAGGUAGUGGGUUCGAUCCCCGGGACCACCCACACACAAAAAUGUAUGCACGCAUGACUGUAAGUCGCUUUGGAUAAAAGCGUCUGCUAAAUGGCAUAUUAUAUUAUAUUAUAUAUUAUUAAGUUUAGGAGUUAGGUUAAAGGGUUAAGGUUGGGGCAAGAGUUAGCUAAAAGGGUUAGGGGAAAGGUUAGUUAACAUGCUAAGUAGUUUCAAAGUAGCUAAAAGGUAGUAAGUAGUUGAAAAGUUGCAAAUUAGCUAAAAUGCUAAAGUUGUCCAUGAUGAGAUUCGAACUCACAACCUUUGGGUUGCUAGAGGUUUGCGUUUUACGACCAACCACCCUACUUUCGUUUUUGCCUUAAGUAACCAUCUGUCUUAUGUAAGCAAACCAAACGUAACAUAUACUAAUUUGGGUGUCCCGAACUUACGUUUACUAUGUUACCUCUAGUCUAUGAGACCAGGCUGUGCAUGCAUCUGUAUGUGUGCUUAUGCUGUGAGGAUGUUCGAAGAUGGAUGCAAACAGUGUGUGUGUGUGUGACUGUGGCUGUUCAUAAUGUGUGUAUCUGUGUGUCAUUAUAGUGUGUGACUGUUCAUAAUUGUGCACGUGUGUGACUGAUCAUUAUGCAUGUGCAGUUUCUGCUGCUGCUGCUACCGCCGUUCGUUACCCGCUCUCCUACAGAGACAGGGUUCCCUGUGCUGUGCUUUGCUGCCUGCCAGAGCCUGUCUCACUGCCCCAGUCAAACGUGACUAGACUGAAGCAACACACUCCACUGGCUCCUUCAGUCCAGUCAGUCGGUACAGCUGUUCUGCAUGCGAGGUCCUGUCAAUGUGAUUCACUAAUAGUGUGAUUCAGGGGCCAUAUAUGACUCUGAUAUGGCCUAGCCCACCCCAGUAUUUCUUGUGGCUUAUGACAUUUAUUUAAUAGAUAUAAAAUACAUAAGGGAUAAUCAACUUGGGGCUGUGGAGCCCUGUGGAAAUAACCUACGACACAGUCUAGCCAUGGCAUAAACUACAAUAUGCUCCUUUAUUGACAUAUUCAAAGUGCUAAAAUGCAACGGUGAGUUCACAGCAAAGGCUAAUGGUGGUGGUGGACAAUUCAUCUAAAAAUGCAGUGUUAAUUAUGGAACAUAUUACUUUAUUAUGCAGAGAAGGCUAUUAUUUAUUUAGAUUUAUUCACAAUUUCACACCCCCUUCUGAAGCUGCCGGCCACCCCUUGUUUUUAGAAAGAAUUACCCACCGAUUUGGAUGGCCCGUCACCGAAUUGUCCUACCCUUUAACCAUUUUUGGUGCUUGCUUGGCUUCUUAAUGGUUGGACGUUUAUCAUUUUAUCGACUAAAUGGACUUUGGCUCAGUGGCAGUUUUGUGUCUAAUGCGUUUUAAAGGCUUUCAACCAAGUAAAUGAUAAAUGCUGACUUUGAAGGGUCCUCCACAAGGAUUACACCAUCUCUGCUUAAGCAACUAGUUUUAGAAUGUCAACAUAAACCUGUGUUGGUCCAAAUGCACAUGGCAAGAUGGAUAAUCCAUUCCUAUUUCUUAUGUUUUAAGAGUUGCAGUGGAGAGGAGUGGGGGUUAAAAGAGCCAAUUGGAAGCUGGGGACAUGGCAUAUGAGGGUGCAGUGAGAUACCUGAUGGGUUGGACAAUACAUUUCUCAUCAAUCAUCUUGAAAAAAAUGUAUACUUAACUGGAAAUCAACCAAUCCUCCAUCGUUAACACAAUGGAAAGGUCAAAUGCUUUAUUAUCUGAAUGUUGAAAGUGCGUGGGUGACAGAGAGAAACAAAAUGGUGCAGUUUGAGUCCAUAUGGCGGAGUGAUGCGUGCGCUGGAGAUGAGGGUGUGAGCAGGUGGGUCUGGGCAGGGGUGAUGUUGUGGAUGUUUGUGUGCGUCUGUAUAUUGUUGUUUGUAUAAUAUAUGUUUUGUAUAGUAAAAAAAAAAUCUUAAGUAAAAUCUUUCAAAAAUAUAAAUAAGGAAGCUGUGGACUUUUAUGUGGUCAUAGUAGUGACCCAUUUCAAUUCUGGCCUAAGUUUGAGUGUUCUGAUUGAGCCUUGAGAAAUGGGAGAAUAUGCCUUUAAUUAACACCCCUAAUUAAGUGUCAUGGAAUCUUGAGUGACAACAAUAGAAGUCAGGACCUCGUUUGGAUUACAUGCUGAGAUGAGCACUCUGUCAGUUUGUAAUUUGGUUGGAUGCCAUGUAACGUCUUAAAAAGAAAAGUAGUUCCGUCAUUGGAUCACAAAUAAAAGUUCACUACUACACCACGUGGCCACUUUUGCUGACCACUACUCUUUACUAGCAAGGCAGCCCCUUUCAUGCCAGUUCUGUACUUAAGUAAUUACAUGGGCAGUAUUGUUGGACGUCAUCAUGUAUGUUUCAUUUAUAACCAUAAGUAAUUUAGCUUUGCCAAUAACUGUCCUGUUGUGGCAGUACGAAAGUGUAUGCACUCACUACUGUAAGUCGAUCUGGAUAAGAGCGUCUGCUAAAUGACUAAAAUGUAAAUGUAAAUGCUGCAAGAUUUUAAUCUCCACAUGGCCUGUAUUCUCAGAGUAGGAGUGCUGAUCUAGGAUCAGGUCCCCCCAUCCAAAUAAUCAUAUUCAUUAGGAUCUAAAAGACAAAACUGAUCCUAGCACACAUACUCUAAGACGCUUUGUGAAUACCGUCCCAGAUCUCAAGAGAUGUGCUGACUCAUCUUUUGAAUUAAACCAUGAAAACUGAUCAGAAAACGGAAUGGAGAGUGCGAUUCAUCAUUUUUGAAAGAGGCACAUUAUAUACAUUACCAGAUAUUUACAUAGAAUUUGCAUGGCAAAAUGCUAAUUACAACAUAAUAACUUAUGAAUCACUUGUUUGUUUAAUUAGAAUUAAUCUAGGCUUGUGCAAUGUCUAUUUGGGCGUAUUUGCUUCUCAGCAUAACAACAUGACCCAUCCAGUAGCCCCCACAACAGUUUCUAACCUUACCACCACCACCAUAAACACCGAACCACUACUAAACAGUAUAUCAAUUAUGAGAGGGUUUAUUUUUCAUUAGGAAUGAUGUAACCUGUUCAGUUACGAUUCGCUGUGUCAUCACCUUGCACAACCUUUCACAAGGUUAUUUUAUGGUGGCCUAUAAUGGUUGAGAACACACUCAGGGUGGGGGGGAUUUGAGAAACUCACUGUAUGUGGCGUUUAUGGGCGAAAACCCCCACAGCGAUGCGCAAUGAGCCUUAUUAACGCCAAGACAGGCUGCCCGCUUGGCCAAUAAACUGAUGCUCUCCAAGGCCGUUGUUGCUGCGCAGGUCAGCAAUAGCAAUGCUACUCUAGCAGCUUACGGCUAAAGGAAGCGUUUUCCUCAAUGUCACAACCUUGAGCCAGCGUCACGAAACCCAGAGCAAGACAAAAGUUAUGCAACACCUUGCCCAUAAACUAAAAAUGACAAAGUCACAUGGGCAUAAUAUUGUGGUAGCUUACUUGGCAGCUCUGAAAUUAUGAUGUUUCCAUUUUUAUUUGACGUGGCAUGCAGGUCAAAUAUCAAUAUUGUUCCUUUUGUCAUCAUUAUCUCUACCUCUCUCUGUUCUCCCACUUUACAUUUCCACAGUAAAAAUGCUUCAUCCUCAGUGAGAUGUAUCGAACUAGCCUCGUAUUGAACUAACCUGUUUGAACCAACCAUUUGAAUUGGCUGUCUUGUUUAUCUCUUUCUUUCUCUCUCCUUCCUUCUCUCUCUUCUUCCUUCCAUCUCUCCCUCAGGGAUAGGUCUUGGGGUGGUGGUCAGGGAAUAUGCCUCCCUCUCCCACCUCCAUAAGCAGUAUUUUGGCUUCCCGGGUGAGAUCCUGAUGCGGAUGCUCAAGCUGGUCAUCCUACCCCUCAUCAUCUCCAGCAUGAUAACAGGUAACUUGGGAUGAAUUGCAUCUCAACAGCUCUAUCUCAGUCACUCAGCGCUAUGUUUAAUGAAGAGGGCCAUCAGAGAAGGUUAAGAUAUCUUAAGAUAUCUUACUUAGGUAUUAAUCCUGGAGGAACUUGGGCUGCUUUCUUUGCCUCAGGCCAUGGCAAGCGGAUCUUCUUGAGUUCUGCCUUUAGACACCUGCGACCGGUCACUGUUGCGCCAGAUAUCUUAGUCAAGGACAACUGAAACAGUCCUAGUCAUUGAGAGGACUUGUUGACAGACAUGCCUCCUUUGGGUGCACAACAGGUUCAUUGUCUCUCUGCCUUGUUUGUGGUCACAGGAGUCGCCGCCCUGGAUUCGGAAGUUUCUGGAAAGAUAGGUCUGAGGGCUGUGGUAUAUUACUUCUCCACCACCAUCAUCGCAGUCAUUCUGGGUGAGUUAACAUAAUGACUGGCUAGGUCUCGUUCUCUUUCAGCUGCUCCCCAUCUGUUAUGAAGUAUGAUGCCCUGAACAAAAUGUGCAAAGUGUCAGUGCGUCAUGCUUCAGAUUAAGUGAAUGGCAGACUAGCUAUGUAACAUGGUAUUUACACGUCACCAUUGAAAGCUUAAUAUUGACUGAUGGUUUACGUGUUUUCCAGGUAUUGUGUUGGUGAUGGCCAUCAAACCUGGUGUCUCUCAGGAGGCAGAACAUAUCGACAGGACAGGGACCACACCAAACGUCACCACCGUCGACACUCUACUGGAUCUUGUCAGGUGACAGCUACGCUUCAUACCAUCAUAUACAAUGCAUUUGGAAAGUAUUCAGACCACUUGACUUUUUCCACAUUUUGUUACGUUACAGCCUUAUUCUAAAAUGGAUUAAAUAGUUUUUUCCCCCCUCAUCAGUCUACACACAAUACCCCAUAAUGACAAAGCAAAAACAUGUUUUUAGAUUUUCUUUGCAGAUGUAUUAAAAAUAAAAACAGAAAAUCAUAUUUACAUAAGUAUUCAGACCCUUUACUCAGUACUUUGUUGAAGCAAACUCUCAUGGUCUGAGAGUCCUUUAGGUGCCUUUUGGCAAACUCCAAGCAGGCUGUUAUAUGCCUUUUACUGAGGAAUGUGGUCCGAUCACUCUACCAUAAAGGUGUGUUUGGUGGAGUGCUGCAGAGAUGGUUAUCCUUCUGGAAGGUUCUCCCAUCUCCACAGAUGAAAUCUGGAGCUCUGUCAGAGUGACCAUCGGGUUCUUGGUCACCACCCCGGACAAUUCCUUCGACCUCAUGGCUUGGUUUUUGCUCUGACAUGCACUGUCAACUGUGGGACCUUAUAUAGACAGGUGUGUGCCUGUCCAAAUCAUGUCCAAUCAAUUGAAUUUACCACAAGUGGACUCCAAUCAAGUUGUAGAAACAUCAAGGAUGAUCAAUGGAAACAGGAUGCACCUGAGCUCAAUUUCGAGUCUCAUAGCAAAGGGUCUGAAUACUUAUGUAAAUAAAGUAUUUCUGUUUUUUAUUUUUAAUAAAUUAGCAACUAUUUCUAAAAACCUGUUUUCGCUUUGUCAUUAUGGGGUAUUGUGUGUAGAUUGAUGAGGGGAUUUUUUAAAAUACAUUUUAGAAUAAGGCUGUAAUGUAACAAAAUGUGGAAAAAGGGAAGAGGUCUGAAUACUUUUCGAAUGCACUGUAGAAGAACAGUUGUUGUUUUUUACCCUAUUUGUCUCCCCAAUUUCGUGAUAUCCAAUUGUGAUCCAAUUACGAGCUUGUCUCAUCGCUGCAACACCCCAACGGGCUCGGGAGAGGCGAAGGUCGAAUCAUGCGUCCUCCGAAACAUGACCCGCCAAAUGGCGCUUCUUAACACCUGCCCGCUUAACCCGGAAGCCAGCCGCACCAAUGUGUCAGAGGAAACGCUGUUCAACUGACGACCGAAGUCAGCCUGCAGGCGCCCGGCCCACCACAAGGAGUCGCUAGUGCGCGAUGAGCCAAGUAAAGCCCCCCGGCCAAACCCUCCCCUAACCCGGACGACGCUGGGCCAAUUGUGCGCCGCCCUAUGGGACUCCCGGUCACGGCCGGUUGUGACACAGCCUGUGAACGAACCCGGGUCUGUAGUGAUGCCUCAAGCACUGCGAUGCAGUGCCUUAGACCGCUGCGCCACUCGGGAGGCCCUAGAAUAAUAUAAUUCUCCAUCAGUCAGAAAUGCGGUGUGUAUAACAUUUCCACAUUUGUCUCACACUGUUGCCAUCUCAACAUGUCUUAUUCCAUCCACAGAAACAUGUUUCCUGAAAACCUACUGCAAGCUUGUUUCCAACAGGUAAGCGUCAUUGUCUGAUUUGUACAUUAAAGCUUUCAGUCACUAGCCUUGUACCAGAUCUGUUUGUGCUGUCUUUCAACUCUUAUGAGAAUUGGCAAGACAGCACAAACACAUCUGGGGCCAGGCUAUACAAUCACUGCACUUUGAGGAGAAAACAUGAUCCUACGUUAAAAUGUAACCAUGUCAAAUGUAACUAUUUCAAUUCAACCAUGUCAUUCCAGUACAAGACAAAGCGCAAAGAGCUGGAACCACCUAAAGUGAAGGGGAACACUACAACGUUCCCUCCUCUCUCUACCACUGUCAUGGCAACCAUUUUCCCCCCAGAGGUAGGUGUCGCUGUUUACGUGUGUUUAUCCGCCUGUGUGUCAAAAGCUGUGAUUUGAUAGGAUCGAAGCUGCUAAGCCUGGUUUACUUUUCACACCGAAUUAGAGUUAAUCAGAUGUGGUUUACUUUUUAUACCUGAUUAGUUAAUCAGAUGUGGUUUACUUUUUAUACCUGAUUAGUUAAUCAGAUGUAGUUUACUUUUUAUACCCUCUAAUCAGAUUACUAUCUGUCCAAUCAAAAUCUUUGUGGGUUGAAAAUGUGCCCUAUUUGUCUUUCUUCAACGUAGCCUUUGUGAGUCUACACCUGACCACCCACAUUGAAUGUGAUGGAUAUGACCACAGAUCAACUUACAUUAUAAUUCCACUGUGUAGACAGGGGUCAAUAUGUUGUGAUCUGAGGGAAAAAGCUCAAGACAUGGAUAUCAGCCCACUGUAACACAAUACUUCACAAGUGGAUCUUUUGACCAAAAUCUAUUUCUUACUUAAACUAUUUGCUUCCUUAUUUUCCCCCUCUGCAGAACAUCACCAAGGACUAUAAGAUAGUCGGUUCAUAUUCUGAUGGGAUCAACGUGCUGGGCCUCAUCGUGUUCUGUGUGGCGUUCGGCCUUGUCAUCGGCAAGAUGGGCGAAAGGGGGCGUAUCCUGCUGGAGUUCUUUGACGCUUUAAACGAGGCCACCAUGAGGCUAGUCCAGAUUAUCAUGUGGUACGUAACAGCCUGUUACAUGACAUACAUCUCACUUACAGUACACUAAAACUGUUUAGGUGAAUUCACCCGGUAGCUGUUUUCUAUGCUAUUAUAGAUGUUAUGCUGCUAUUCCUGUGGUGAUGAUGAUGACAGUGAUGAUGAUGACCAUAACAACAAUGGCAUUAACAACACUACACGCUUCGAAAAAAAGGUGCCAUCUAGAACCUAAAAGGGUUCUUCGGCUGUCCUCAUAGGAGAACCCUUUGAAGAACCCUUUUUUGUUCCAAGUAGAACCGUUUUGGGUUCCAUAUAGAACCCGUUCCACAAAGUGUUCUACAUGGAACCCAAAAUGGUUCUACGUGGAACUAAAAAGGGUUCUCCUAUGGGGACAGUCAACCCCUUUCGGAAACCUUUUUUCUAAGAGUGUAUUGUUGCAAUUACAGCUACAUGCCAGUGGGGAUACUCUUCCUGAUCGCUGCCAAGAUCAUCGAGGUAGAAGACUGGGAGAUCUUCAGAAAGAUGGGCCUGUACAUGGUGACAGUGCUGAGUGGGUGAGUCUGAGCCAGCCAUCUUAGUCUCUCUCUUUCUCUUUCUGAUACUUCGCCACAACAAUGGUAGAUUUAUAGCUGGCGUUAGGGUCCAGGUUUCCUGCAAAGAUACUGUAAAAGCCCAGCUCUGUCCCGACACAGAUAAGAACCAAGGACAUUUAAAACUGCUCAACCUGCAGAUGCGGUAAUGAGGCCUUUGGCGAACGCCUGUCCAACCGUAAAUUUACCGGACAGAAUGAUGCUUCUGGGUGACCAGCAAAAGGAAACUGAUUCUUCAGAGUUUAGUGAGGGGGAACGCAGUCCUGAUGUGUCCCAAAUGGCUAUAUAGGGCACUACUUUUGACCAGAGGCCUAUGGGCCCUGGUCAAAAAGUAGUGAACUAUAAAGGGAAUAGGGUGCCAUUUGGGACUCAAGCCCUGGUCAUUGCGUUAUUAUAGGCUGGAGGAGAGUUUUAGUCCCCAGUUAACGACAGGGGUUAGUCAGCUAUUUCUUACAAUGAGCCAAAACGUGCCUGAUCAUCACAAUUUUUAAAUCAGACACUUAUUUUAUGGCAAUGUAAUGUUUUAUUUCUCUCCUCAGCCUAGCUAUCCACUCCACCAUUUGUCUGCCGCUGAUCUACUUUGCCAUUGUGAGGAAGAACCCAUACACCUUUACCUUAGGGAUGGCCCAGGCAAUGGUCACUGCUCUCAUGAUCUCUUCCAGGUAAGUCUCAGUCAGUAUUCAGAUCAUACAAUCUGGUGUGUAUAGCAAAGCAUAGCUGUAAUGGCUGACAUAUCUAUUUAUCCAUCCAUCUAUCUAUACAAUCCAUCCAUCCAUCCAUCUAUCCAUCCAUCCUUCAUUCAACUUAAAUACGACCUCUAGCUCUGCCACCCUGCCGGUCACCUUCCGCUGUGCCGAAGAGAACCUCAGGAUCGACAAGAGGAUCACCCGCUUCGUGCUGCCUGUGGGCGCCACUAUCAACAUGGAUGGCACGGCUCUCUACGAGGCGGUUGCUGCCAUCUUCAUUGCCCAGCUCAACGACUACGCUCUGGAUGUGGGUCAGAUUGUCACCAUCAGGUAAGUCACCAACAGCCUACAUCGAAAUGAGAUGUUAUAUUCUAUGUACAUAAUUUGGGCAAGUUAAAGCGCCUUAGCAUACUUGUGAUCAGAACCCAUAGCCUUUGGUGGCCUUGGACUUCAGCUGCUCUGAAUGAGUAUGCCACUGAGUGAUGUAAGAAAAAACAUAUUUGAGCUUGACAAAACUGAAAAAACUCAACUGUAAUCAGUUGAAACCUGCUGUCACAUUAAUUUAUAACAUCUGUCAUGGCAUUAUGUUAGUAUCAUGUAUCUGACCUAAUAAUAUGUCAGGUUAAGGGAAUUGUAAAGAUGUUAACUUACUGUUUCCUCCCAUUUCAGUAUAACAGCAACUGUAGCCAGCAUCGGAGCUGCCGGUGUACCUAACGCUGGCCUUGUUACCAUGGUGAUUGUGCUGACUGCCGUUGGACUACCAGCAAAUGAUGUCACUUUAAUUGUUGCUGUGGAUUGGCUACUGUGAGUAAUACCUUGUUGAGCGUAAUAUUGUCAAGAUAAGUUAUUGUUUUUGUGAUGAAUACAAUAGUGCGACGUGACAAAGGUAGACUCAGCAAUAUAACUUCACCAUACGCAGCGGUGCGACUUUAGAGAAAACAACAGAAUUUCAAUUUGUCAAGACUGCCACUACUUUCUCUUCCCAAUUUGUGCCAUCCCUUGAGCAAUGCCCAAGAGGGGCAGUCUUGGCAGAAUACAUUUUGUUGUUGUUUAUGUCUGUAAGCAGGGAGUUGCCCAGCAAUGUAUGAUGCUGUCAUAUUGCAAAGUCUACAGUAUCUUUAACUUACUCAUAAUCAACAGACAAUGGUCACUCACCAUACCCCCUCCGGCUGUUUCAGAGACCGCUUCCGCACCAUGAUCAAUGUGCUGGGGGAUGCCUACGGAGCUGGCAUCGUCCAGAAGCUGUCCAGGCGGGAGCUGGAGAGGAUGGACGUCACCUCGGAUGUGGACGUGACCAACCCCUUCGUCCUGGAGACCACGCUGGACGACGAGGAGUGCGAGAAAAAGUCCUAUGUCAAUGGCGGCUUCACCAUCGACAAGACCGACGCCAUCUCCUUCACCGAGACUUCCCAGUUUUAGGAGGA